AUGGACUCGCUUUCAGGAUUGGAGCUUGUUACCGGUAGCAAGCUGAGCGAAGCUUUACGGAUCCCACGAAGGCCUUUGUGGGAAUACAACAUGGAUGCGGAUGAAUUGCAACGUCUCGAAAAUAUAUCGUUUGUCAGCUGGAGGAGAAAUCUCGCGCUUUUCCAGGAGCGAAAUGCCCCUUUAGUGCUCACGCCAUAUGAACUUAAUCUGGACAUGUGGCGUGAGCUUUGGCGAGUGAUUGAGCGAUCGCAUCUGCUCAUCCAGAUUGUGGACGCCCGGAAUCCACUUUUGUUUCUGUGCGAGGAUCUUGCACAAUAUCUGGAUGAAAGACAAGGUCGAAAUACGCCCAUGAUAUUGCUGCUAAACAAGGCGGAUUUGUUGACCGAGGAGCAACGGGCAGAAUGGUUGCGAUACUUUUCUGCAGAGUCGAUCGACUGCAUUUUUUACUCAUCAACACAGUGUGCUUCAGAGUGGUCUUCUUUGGGCGAAACGCUGAACACGACUCGAAUAUGUUCGCCUCAGGGGCUCAUCUCACUUUUUGAAACAUUCAGAGAUGACGCUGAUAACAGCGAGAAUUUAGGGGGCCCUUCCUUUAAUGUUGGCUUGGUUGGAUACCCAAAUGUCGGCAAGUCUUCUGCCAUCAAUUCGUUGCUGGCUUCUAAGCGUGUCCGCGUCGGAGCAACACCUGGAAAGACCAAACAUUUACAGACCAUUUUUCUUGAAGAGAACGUUGAUGUGAGCGAGCAACAGCAUACCUCAGCAAUAGACGAGGCAGCAAGUUCGACAGCGUCUUCAUGUUGUGAGAGAUCCCCCAUUGCAUCAUCUGAGAGGAAACUUCCGCAAAUAUGCCUGGUGGACUGCCCUGGCUUGGUCUUUCCAAACUUUGCCGUCACCAAGGCAGAGCUUGUGGUGAAUGGCAUUCUUCCCAUCGAUCAGCUGCGAGACUACAUCGCCCCGUGCGACCUAGUUGCCUCCCGCAUCCCUCGUAAUGUGCUUGAGGAUGCAUAUACCCUAAUGCUUCCCUUUCCCUACGAGGGUGAAGAUGAAAGGCGGCCGCCCACUGGACGGGAGCUUCUCACCGCAUAUGCCACUGCCCGUGGGUCUAGCUCCGAUGUCUCUCGUGCUGCACGUAUUAUCUUGAAGGAUUACGUUGCAGGAAGCAAGAUUUGUUAUGUGCACAUGCCGCCUGGGUACCAAUAUCCCGAGCAGCCCCAUGUUCAGGUAGAACCGGCUUUCCACAAGCAGACCCACUCUCAAAGAGGGGGGCCACCUUCGUCAACGGGAGGAACCCCAUCGGAAUUGUCCCCAGACAUGGGCUGCUCAUGGACCGCCGGUGUGAAAGGAAAAUUUGCCUCCACUUGCUAUACGCGAGGCUUGGCUACCUCGCCAAUGUCGAACAGCCACAAGCGGCAUUACAAGCGUAAAUAA